AUGUCGAAAAACGACCGACUUCCAACUCCACUCUCGCGAGCCCCCAAAGUCAUGUCGACAUUGGAUUGGAAGCCAGGAGCUAACGACGUCAUCAUUCCAUUAAUGGGCCGAACCGGUGCAGGAAAAAGCAAAUUCGUCAAUUUUAUCGCAGGAAAAGAGGUAACGACUGUGGGUCACGACCUCCAACGAUGCACGGUCAAGCUCCUCCCAGUCGUUAUCGAUUUUUUACGAAACGAUUUGUUGACGAACGGAAGAUUGGUUCUCCUAGACGCCCCUGGAUUUGGCGAUAGCUACGUUGAUGAUCACGAUGUUAUCUUGCGCGGCAUUGGUACCUGGCUUGAAACCAUGUACGACUCUCGUGACAGCCAUGGGCUGAAAGGGGAGACGAAGCUCGCUGGUAUUGUUUACCUCUAUGACAUAUCAUCGACACGCACGUUGGGACCGACUCUGCGGAACUUCGAUGUCUUUCAGAAACUGUGCGGGGAAGACGCUUUAAAGCGUGUGGUUCUAUGCACGACGAAGUGGUCGGAUAUCAUCCCAGAGGAAGGAGAGAAGAGGACUGAGCAGCUCAAAGAAACUUACUGGAAGAAGAUGAUUGAGGGCGGAUCGACCGUUCGUGAAUUCGAGGAUUCUCAGAAGUCUGCCUGGGAUGUGAUUGCACCGAUCAUCGAGGAAAAAGAAAACAUACUUUCCAGGUCGUCUAACUACAUGAAACAAAAUAAUCGCAGAUACAACUUGCCGAAAGCGUUGCUCUCUCUUUUUUCGCGAAACACGAAAGCGAUGCCAACGUUGGAUUGGAAGCCAGAAGCCAACGACGUUAUCAUUCCAUUACUGGGCCCAAUCGGCGCAGGAAAAAGCACAUUCAUCAAUUUUGUCGCAGGAAAAGAAGUAACAACUGUCAGUGGCGACCUCAAGUCAUGCACGAUGCAGCUCCUUCCAGUUGUCAUCGGUUCUUUACAAAGGCCUUUUCCGAAUUACGGAAGAUUGGUUGUCGUGGACGCCCCUGGAUUUCACGAUGCUUACGACGAUGCUGAUACCUUGCACCGCAUCGGUGUCUGGCUUGAAACCAUGUACGACUCCCGUGACAGUCAUGGGCGUAAAGGGGAGACGAAGCUCGCUGGUAUUGUUUACCUCCAUGACAUAUCACCGACACACAGGCCGGGAUCAGCUCUGAAGACCCUGGACGUCUUUCGGAAACUGUGUGGGGAAGACGCUCUGAAGCGUGUGGUUCUAUGCACGACGAAGUGGUCGGAUAUCAUCCCAGAGGAAGGGGAGAAGCGGACAGAGCAACUCAAAAAAAUUUACUGGAAAGAGAUGAUUGAGGGCGGAUCGACCGUUUGUAAAUUCGAGGAUUCUCGGAAGUCUGCCUGGGAUGUGAUUGCACCGAUCAUCGAGGGUCAUCAAAAUGAAAAAAAUGGAUGCUCUUCAAUUACAAAAGGAGCCGGUGGAAUUCAGGAAACUCAUCAGCAAAGAUGA